AUGGCGGCCUCUGUGCUCAGCCCCACGUCCUGGGAGAAACGGAGGGCCUGGCUCCAACACAGCCGCAACUGGCAGACCCAGGUCCUGGAGGAGGAGGCUGCGGCCGCCCUACAGGAUGUCCCCGAUCAUGGGCCUUCCAGCCUGGAUGAAGUUUUCCAGGAAGGCAAUCCAAUCAGUAAGAUUGAAGACUGGCUUCAGGACUGUAGAGACUCUGAAGAGAGUCUUCCUGAAGAAGCAGGACAAUCCACCGACAAUGAAUGUUCUAACUAUGGGAGCAGCUUUGAAGAUGACUUGAGCCUCGGAGCAGAGGCCACACUACUGUCUACCAAUGGCAAACUCUUCUCCAGGCGUUUCCUCCAGACAACCAGACCUUGCCAACUGCUUGAUCUUGGCUGUAGUUUGGCUUCCAGCAACAUCACUUGUGGAACCAACAAGACUAGUUCAAGCAUCUCAGAGAUUCUGGACCAGGUACAAGAAGAUGCAGAAGAUGUCCUCUUCAACCUAGGUUUUGGCCAUGAAGACCACAAAGAUGCAUCUCGUAUCCCUGCAAGAUUUUUCACCAACCCCUCUCAGGCCAAGGGCAUUGAUUUCCAACUCUUUCUGAAGGCCCAGGUGCGGAGAAUUGAGAUGGAGGACCCCUGCCUGAUGCUGGCCAGCAGGUUUAAGCAGGUGCAAACGCUGGCUGUCACUGCCGAUGCUUUCUUCUGUCUCUAUUCCUACGUGUCUAAGACACCUGUCCAAAAGUUCACACCAUCCCACAUGUUCUGGAAUUAUAACCCAACUGAUGUGCCGCCAUCCAUCAGGAUUCUGGCCCCAGAGCCUGAACCCCACUCACCUAGAGAACGCCUCCGGAAAGCAGUCUCCAAAAUGUGCCUGUAUAUAGGUUCCCGAGGUCGGCUGUCACCACCUCACUACACCCCCAAAAGGAACAGUAUGGAUCAAGUGGUGUGGGAAGUGAUGGACAGAGUGAGAGAAGAGAAACUCAUUCUCCAGCAAAGCUCUGGGUUUGGGCAAGAGCCACAGGAAGAAGCUGUGACCCCCAUGGAAGAUACAAAGCUGACCACACCAUUCCCAUGUGUCCUCUGCCCUAAAGAGGGCACAGAGAGAUGUGAUGCACUUUCUCUAGCCAGAGCACAUCCUCAGUGGAGCACAAACUCUGCACAUGUAAAGAGGGAGCUGUGGGAUCUGCAGGCCAUCAGCAGGAAAGCACAUUCCUCCACGAAUGAGAUUUUGUGGGAAAGGAAGAGCAAAGCAAGAAAGAGCCUAUUUCAGAAGAGUCCCUUGGAGAAGAAGGCUAAGUCAUUGGACUUGUCCAUCAUCCAGCAGAAAUGGAAGCAGAGCACACAGAGACCAGAACUGUGUCUGUCUCUGACUCAGCAGCCACAGGUUGCUUCUGAUUUAGAGGAGGCACAAAGCAACAAUGAGCAAGAAGACAACCGCUUUCCCAGUAAACCCAGACAGCCCCACUUCUACAAGACGGUCCCUGGAGGAGUGUCAAGAAGCUUUUUCCACCACCAGCACAGCAUGUGUUCUGACAGCAGUGGCUUCACAGAAGAGCCCAAGGGCCACCUCUUCCCACAGGAAGUCUCCCUGUCUUCAACUUCCUGCCACUGUUCCUCGCUGUUGCCCCAAGCCCCUGACCAUGGCAGGAGAAAGGCAACAUGGGAGUCUGAGAAAAAAAAUAGACUGAGCGAUGUGGACUCUGUGGAUAUUACCUACAAUGGUAUGGACCUGAGCAAACUGGAUAAGGAAUUUUCUCCAAACUUUCACAUUGUCAAAGCGCCCCUGCGCAUUGUCAGGACGCUGCGCUGGCGGGCUUUCAGCUUUUCCCAGGGCAGCACGCCCACCCUGCGGGCCAAGACGCAGCUCCCGGCAGAUGACAGCGGUCAGAGUGGAGAGUACCAGGGGCCCCAGGCUGUGGUGGGGGGCAGCCUGAGGGGGAGCCAGGACGCCCGAAGGCGGCAGCGGUUGGGUAAGCCCCGUGGUGGUUGCGGUGCAUGGGUGCCGGUGGCGGCAGCCUUGGAAGGCCCCACGGCAGAGGUUGUGGACCAGGAAGCCUUGGUUGCCCGCAUGGCAGUGGUCAUGGAAAACCUCUUCAGGUUUCUAGGGAAGAGGAAAUCCUUCAGAGAAGAAGAAAUAAGGAAAAUCCAGAUUCCUGUGCCAUGUGUUCAGGCUGGUUAUGGAGGUAUAAGAUUACAAUCUGAACAAGAGAAAACUAAAGGCUACAAAGGUUGGUAUAUAAAACAGUUCCAAGAUGCUGGGAUGAACUUCCAAACAGACACAGAUUAUUGCAAGGUGAAAGCUAAAAGUGCAACUCAGAUGGCAGAUAGUAAAUGCAAGCCCUGCGUGGUGUGGACACCUCAUCCUAGCAGUCAGGAGGAUGAAGUAAGAGGAUCACAAGUCUGA